AUGGCUCGAGACUACUAUGUAAGACCCCAAUUCCUUGACUACUUGAAUAAUUAUUUGAAAGACUUGAUAGAUACGACAAAGCAGUUCAAAGCGGACAUCAAAUCGACAGUACCGGAUGAAGAUAUUGUUAAGGAAGCUACGGAAGCGACUAGGCUUGAACUGCAGUUGGCGAUAGCGUCAGUCCCAAGAGCAUUACUUCGAAAUUACGAACAACAAUACAAUCCCUACAAAGUAAAGCAACUGAAAGAGGCGUAUCCUUCGAUUGGAUGGGAUGCGUACUUCGCCGCUCUUUUGGAAGGGGUCGGAUUGCUUUGCCAUUCUUGUUUCUAUUAG